AUAACUGUAAUAAACAAGAGCAGGUGAAUGCUUCUUGCCAUGAUUCUAAAGACAGACAAAGAUCUUUGUUUAUCCUUUUCUAGAGCCUGCUGUGAGCAUCACUGUUUUCAAUAACUCUGAUUGUGAUGGCUUUGGAGAGCAGGUUUGUCUUAUCAAAGUAAUGACUGGAAGAACAGUCACUUUCAGAGUCUCUAUCGCUGGGAACCACCAGCCGUCUAUGAUAAAAUGGUACAAAUUCUACUCUGCCCAAGGACCCCAGUUCCACAGUUAUCGAAGGAGAUUGACACCAGCUGCUAACAUGUCCCCAAAGAUGACCCUGGCCAACAGCAGUCUGGCUCUGAAGCUGUUUUCCAUUGAUGAGAAUGAUUUUUACCCAAACAUGUUCUGGGCUGAAAUCCAAGCAAAAGCCUUACCUGAUAAACAGGCGAAGAUUGAAGCCUAUGAUUUCACAGACUUUCAGAUGUUAAACCCUUCUCACUUGAGAUACUUUUUCGUCCUAGAAAGAAUGCCAAUAGAGCUUGGACAGUUUUUAGAAGGAGACACUAUUACCAUCCAGUUGCCCCAGUAUCUUCAGGUGUCUCCCUCCAGCUUUGUAAAGUGGACCAAGGAGCCUUCGCUCAUGACGCUGUUUGAUACCAAUGCUGUUGUGCUGGCCAACGGGACUGAAGGGAUUGAGAUCAAAGGAGUAAAGAAUAGUGAAUUUGGUUACAUCCGAGCUCUUGUCUAUGAUUUCACCCCUGAUGUUCCUGGAAGGGUUAUGGUAGCCCAGAGGCUCUUCUUCAUAAAGAAGGAUAUUAGCAAAAUGUGCAAUGGAACUCGGAAUGAAAAGAAUUGCCACUGUAACCCGGGAUUUGAAGGAAAUGGAGUACACUGUAUUGAUAUAGAUGAGUGUGUGGAAGGAAUGCCCAUGAAGUGCCUGCCUGAGGCUGAAUGCAUCAAUAGAUAUGGAUCGUACUUUUGUCGUUGCCCACCUGGAUUCGAAGGAGAUGGCCUGUACAGCUGUGUAGAUAUAGAUGAGUGUGCAGGAGGUAUCCAUAACUGUAAUCCGGAUGCUACUUGUCUGAAUACUCUUGGCUCCUAUUUCUGUGUGUGUCAGAGUGGGUUUAUUGGUGACGGCAUUCACUGUAAAGCAAAAAGCAUAUGGUCCCCAUGGUCUCCGUGGUCUGUCUGUACUGUCACUUGUGGAUACCAAAACCAGAUGCGGAUCCGUUUGUGCACCCAUCCAGAGAGUGGGAUGCGUUGUGAGGGACCUUCUGCUGAUCUCAAGCUUUGUCCCAAUCUAGAACCAUGCCCAAUGAAUGGCCAGUGGUCAGAAUGGUCACCCUGGUCAAUGUGUUCUGACACCUGUUCAGGAAUCAAGAAAAGAAUCCGGAUUUGCAAUAGCCCUGCUCCUUCCAGAGGAGGUUUGCCCUGUGCUGGGUUAAAGGAGGAAGUCACGGUGUGCAACAACAACAAAUGCCCAGUUGAUGGGAUGUGGUCUCCGUGGGCAUCCUGGACUCCCUGCCCCAUCUCUUGCGGCCUAGGCGUGGUGAGCCGAUCUCGACGAUGCAAUAAUCCUGCCCCGGAGCAUGGGGGAAAGAAUUGCACUGGACAUGGAUAUGAGGAAGGUUCUUGUGGAUUUCCAGAGGACUUUUGCAAAUACCUGAAGCGACCAUCGGAAUCCAUUAUACCAGGGAAACUGAUCCAGUAAUCAGUCUAAGGAAGUUAAUGUGCUGAAAAACUGUUGAAAUUCACUGGCCUCUAACUCACCUACAUGCCUUUGAAAAGCCCAGCUAUACUGAAAAGUUCCAAAAGAAACCUGCCUCAAUAGAAAACGUAUAGUCCUGAUACUUACUGGAAAACACACAUUAUUGGUGUUGGAACCAGUGCAGUGUACUGAAUGCUAAGGCCUAUGUUGUUCAUGACUUUCGUAGAGAAGAAUAAAAGCCAGGCACAAAAUGAAGACUUAGAUCUUUUUUUUGCUGCAAGGCAGAGGGGGACUUGUACUGUGCCUUUGAGUAAGAAAGUGAGCCUCAGUAAGCAAAAACUGAAGACAAGGAUGGGGAAAGGAUGCCAGGGUCCAAGACAGACACACAAACCAAAAGCAUCCUUUUGAGGAGUGGGACAUAGACCACUGUACUGUGUGAAUUUACAGAUAUGAUAA